AUGUUUUCUGAUUGUUUCGGUGCUCGAAUGUUGCUCAGUGUGUUGACUGUGGUGACAGGGGAAUGGAGAAGUAGCAGUUUGCAGUUGCUCAAACAGCUUCUUUUGUUGGCAUCCACGGACCAGUACGUAGCAGGUGUCAUCCAGGUUAUCAGCCAAGUUCCUCCACAACAGCAACUUGAGUUUAAUGUCGACCUGUUGAAGACAGUGCUAGGAGUGCUACGAGAAAGUCAUAAAGUACGAGUCCAAUUUCGCAAGACAGGAGGUUAUUUGGGAUUAAUAACUAUGCUUCUUGGGCUGGAGGGAGCUUUCUCACAAAUCGAUGGUGCAGGAGGAACAGUGCCUGCGGAAGCAGUUGAGCUACUUGACUUUAUUCAUCUCAUUUUCAAGGUGCUUACCAUCAGUAUGCGAUUUGAACCGUCCAACGCCAAGUACUUUUCUGUGGAGGUGAACUGGGAUAGCAUCACCACAGUACUCCGUUUAACUGGAGCUUUUGGUGAGAGUACCGCUGUUGACGUUGUCCAGCCGGAGUGGAAGUUACAGGGCUCUGAUCUCAAAAAUGAACUUGCGGCUUGCCAUUCUGUUUUCAAAAUGGACGAGGAGGUUCAAGCUGGAUCAAUUCCUGCUGGUAUGCCUCCUUCUAUCUUUUUUGCUAGUUACAUCAUUCGACUCCUUUUCAACAUGGCACUGGAUAACUAUGAGAAGAUGUCUUCGGAUGUAACAUGGACGUCAUCAGAAGGGUCGCUCGAGGAAUGCAUUGUUUCAUGGACUUCGUCAGUUUUAGUUCAUCCUGGUGCAGUACAAUCUAUCCUUUCCUUGCUACCCUCUAUCUACUCUGAAAAUGUCAAAUGGUUAGUCAGUGCUCAAUACUACUGUGGCUUGUUGCUAAAGGCCCUACUCAAACCAGAAAGAAAUCAGCAACUCAUGUGCCAGGUGGAUAUGCCGAAGCAUCUGCUUUCUAUCGCAUCGAAGCUCUUCCUUUGUGAAAAUCACAUCCUAUUACAUCCAUUUUAUUAUGUGCUUGAGAGGUUGUCGUAUCAGUCGAUGCAACCGAGCCAGUUGAGGCACUUCUUACGUCUUGAUCUACCCCUGUGUUGUCGAAAUCUCGAUGAGACGGAGAACGAAGAGCCGAUUAGAUCAAACGAAGGCGGUCCAGUACCGUUGCAG